GGGAGACAUUGGAUAUUCAGCAGUAGUGGCUGAUUUGAGUUUAGUCGAAUGACGGAGUUUUGGAUAAUAUCUGUACCUGGGGAGCGGGAUCCAAAUCAGGUGUAUCAGCGUCUUCAAACCACAUUGUCUAAAUAUAAGGAUAUCUGCUCGCAGGUCAAUAAGUUUAAUAUCCCUCCUGACUUCAAGGUGGGAACACUGGAUAUUCUUGUGGGUCUUUCUGAUGAGCUGUCAAAAUUAGAUGUGUAUGCUGAGAGGUAAUUGUCUAAUAGGUUCAAAUAGUAGCUCAAGUAUUACCAAGAAAGUUGCCCAGUACAUGGGCGAUGUUCUCGAAGAACAAAAACACAAGUUGGAAGACAACUUAACGGUAAAUGGACUUUCUCCUGCCGCUUUCCUUACUAAAUUCCAAUGGGAUUAUGCUAAAUAUCCAGUCAAACAAACGUUAAGUUCACUGUAUGCUAUUAUUUCAGAGCAACUUACUAAAAUAGAUUCGGAUUUAAAAGCAAAGUCUCAGUCAUAUAAUACCUUAAAAGGUUGUCUUCAAAAUCUAGAACGAAAGCAGACGGGUAGUCUCUUAACACGUGAGCUUGGAGAUAUCGUGAAGCGAGAACAAUUUAUUGUUGAUUCAGAAUAUUUAACUACUCUGGUCGUUGUUGUUCCAAAGAAUAUGUAUAAUGAUUGGAAAUCUAAUUAUGAAAGAAUGACAGAUAUGGUCGUUCCUAAAUCGUCUGAACUUAUUUUUGAAGAUCAGGAUAAUGGCCUGUGGACUGUUACGCUCUUCAAAAAAAUGACGGAUGACUUUAAAACUCAGGCUCGUGAAUUUAGAUUUGUUGUACGUGAUUUUACUUAUGAUGAGAAGAAAAUUGAAGAAAGUAGAAAUGAGCUUUCGAAACUUGAGUCCGAUAAGAAACGACAGUUUGCACCUCUCUUUCGUUGGUUGAAAGUUAAUUUUGGUGAGGCUUUUUCUGCUAUGGUUCAUAUUAAAGCCCUCCGGGUAUUUGUUGAGUCAGUUUUAAGAUAUGGAUUGCCGGUUGAUUUUCAAGCGAUACUCCUUGAGCCAAAUAAAAAGCAGCAAAAGAAAUUAAGAGAUAUACUAAAACAACUUUACAACCAUCUGGAUGGAUCGUCUUCAAGUUCCGUCUUAGAUGAAGAUAUGAAUGUUGGGAGUUUUGGGGCUUCAUCGGACUAUUUUCCUUAUGUUUCAUUUAAAGUCGAGCUAAAUAUGAUAGAUGUGCGUUAAUGGUCAGGGAUAAACUAGUUCUGCAGCUCAUUCCAUUGUAUUGAUGUGAUAAUGCAAUCAAUAAAAUGAAAAAAGCAUAAUAUACUUUAGAAUUAUCUCUUCUUAGCAUUUCUGUCUUCUUGAUUUAUUCUCAUUUUCUCUAUCCUUGUUAGUUAAUAUUUUCACAAACACUUGAUUUACUUGGCCAGCAUAUAUAUACCUAAUAAUCUGUCUUAAUACGUUGGAAUAAAAAUCAUUUUAUUUCCAAAAUACCUUAAUUAUUGUUCUAUUUAAAUACAAUGUAUUGAAGAAGC